CGUGUCUCUUUCCUCACCUUUCCACUCUCAUCACUUACUACAACAACUUCACAGUUUCCAUCACAAACAACAACAGAAGCUUCUCGUUCAUUCUAUUCCCUAGAAAUGACCAUGGUAACAUCUGCUUCUUCCAUAAUUGCCAUGAAUCUUCGUCCUCUGUCACCAUCUUCUCCCAUUCCAUUUCAUUCCUCUUUCUCCACAACAACAACAACAACACGACCCGUGCAGCUUCGCCUCAACCUCAAAUUUCUCGCCAAAAAGGAACACUCACACUCACACGAACCCCUAGAAUCUUCACGACCUAACAGUGAAACAAUCUUACACUCUUGCUCUCCCUUCCCAUUGCUUUACGCCGCCGCUCUCAUUCCCGGAGGUGAAAGUGUGAGAUCUGUGUUUGAGCCUUUCGUUGAGAUAGUGAAGUCGUUAAAUCUGCCGGACUGGCUCGUACAUUGGGGUCACCCUGCUAACAUGGCAGUUGUGCUGUUUGCUAUGGGUGGUUACGGUACCUAUCUGGGUUUUCGCAUACGUUAUUCCGAUGACGUGGAGGAAAAGGCGAAGGCAAAGGACUUGCAUCCCAAGCUAUUAGCUGGUAUGUUUUUCUUCUUUGCGCUUGGAGCUACAGGUGGAGUAACAUCUCUACUGACUUCAGAUAAACCCAUUUUUGAGAGUCCUCAUGCUGUUACAGGCGUUAUUGGUCUUGCUUUGUUGACAAUACAAACUAUACUACCUUCACUUUUUGAGGGAAAUCCUGGAUUAAGGAAUGUUCACGGUAUCUUGGGUAGUAGUAUCAUGACACUUUUUCUUGUUCAUGCUGCCCUUGGACUUCAAUUAGGCUUCAGUUCCUGAUUACAGCUUCUCGAUCGAACCUACUAGUUAUUUAUGACGAGGUUAUUUAUUUUAAUUAUGGUGUAUAUUCUUUCCUGCACGGGUUCUCAAAACUUCAUCUGAAAAUUUUGAUUACCAGGAUGUUAUGUUAUCUUAUAUCAUUUUGUUUAAAAUAAUUCAGAUUGGUUGCUGAUUCACAUUAACAGGGGAAAAAUUAAAUGUCUAUAAUUUUAUUACAAACAUGUUCACAUGAAGAAGGGAGUGAGAACUUAAUAUUUUAGUA